AUGACGUUCAACUGCACGAGUGGCAAUGUUCUGGAAGUCUAUGAGCUGGACCACGAGCUGUACUUCGACUACCGGAUCGUCAUCUUCUUCAUGUACUUCAUCUCCGUCUUCGCCGUCAUCGGCAACUCCGUCAACUGCGCAACGUUCAUCCGUCAGGGGUUGCAGGAUCGAGUCAACCUCACGCUGUUCGCCUUGUCGGCCAGCGAGUUUUUGACCAGCUUCUUCUGCACCGCCUUCACCACUGCCGUUCUGUUUAACGUAAUUGCCGUGCCGACUGACAUUGCCUACGACGUGAUUACAUUCGUACUUAUAGUUUUUAGAUGCAUAUUUGCGGAUAUAUCUUCGGCUAUUACAGUCUUCAUCUCCAUCGAGCGAUGUCUGUGUGUCACUUUGCCUUUUAUUUUCAACACCAAGUCGACACCUACAAAGACUAGAGUUAUCCUUGUUGUUAUGACAACGUUUGUUGUUAUAAACUAUAUUCCACUUCUGGGUACCAUGAAUAUAAUUCCGUACACCAAUACAGAAAAUAACAACACACUCCGAUCAUUCGGUCCUUCAGAAGAUUUUCAGAUAUCAAACAUGUACAACGAUUACCUCCUUGGGUUCACGUUGUCAUUUCUGUGUCAAGUCUGUGUGUUUGUCUGUGCUAUCCUCAUGUACAGAGGCCUGAAAAAGUCUUCAGAAGUUCGUGACAACUCCAAAGAGUUCGGACAACUGUCCAAGGAGAAGGAAUCCAAGCUAACCGGAAGUCCGUUAUCCCGGAAGGAGAGACGGGUUGUGAAGAUGGUUCUCAUGUUGGCGUGUCUGUACAUCCCCACUGGGAUCCCACAAAUCAUUUUUGUGCUUGUAAGAAUCAUCUUCCCUGAGAUGUAUGCGGUAAACUACAGGAACCUGUUCGAGUUCAUGACAUGCGUACUCAUCAUCGUGGCCACAGCCAACGGAGCUUUGAGCUUUUUCAUCUACUUCAACUUCAGCACGAACUUCCGUCUCACUUUGCUCGGCAAGAAGAAGUGA